GGUGCAACCAACAAAUAGUUUGAUAAUCUGUAGGUACAAAGUCUGUGGGUGCAACGUACAUAACCUCAAAUUUGUGGAUGUUAAAAGCUACUUGCAUGUUUGCAUUCAUGCUGCAUUUUACAACUAAUUCAUUGCAUAGAUAAAGACGCGACAACGUGAGCACAUAAUAAAACUUGUACUUUAUUGCGAUUCAAUCAGCUAAACAGUAAAUUUUAUUAACGAACCUAAACACGGAAGACGUUGGUUUAAAAAUGCAUGCGUUAGUGAGGCCUGUUUGGAUGAAACAAUUCAAUGGAAUUUUUUCAAAGUGGAUGUCAACUGCAUUUAUUCAAAAACAGAUUUCUGAUAGUCCACUAACCGACACAUUUGGAAGGCACCAUACUUACUUAAGGAUCUCAGUAACGGAAAGGUGUAACUUAAGAUGCCAAUAUUGUAUGCCGGAAGAAGGAGUAAAUCUGAGUGAAAAAUCGAAAUUAUUGACCACUGAUGAAAUAUUAAAAAUCACAGAAAUUUUUGUGAAACAAGGUGUUAACAAAGUGAGAUUGACCGGUGGAGAACCCACGGUUAGAAAAGACAUUAUCGACAUUGUUAAAAGUUUGAAACGAAUAGAGGGUCUUGAUAUUGUCGCAAUGACUACUAAUGGACUGACUCUAACAAGGCAACUAGUUGCCCUACAAAAGGCCGGACUAGAUAUUUUAAAUAUUAGCUUAGAUACUCUAAGUGCGGAAAAAUACGAAAAAAUCACAAGAAGAAACGGGUGGAAGCGAGCAAUGAUGGGUAUAGAUUUAGCUCUACAGCUUGGAUAUGAUCCGGUUAAAGUCAAUUGUGUUGUUAUGAAAGGCCUAAACGAUGACGAAUUGUUAGAUUUUGUUCAGCUAACAAAAGAUAAAAACAUUGACGUGCGGUUUAUCGAAUAUAUGCCUUUCUCUGGAAACAAAUGGAAUGAAAAUCAAAUGGUAUCCUAUAAAGAAAUGGUUAAAAUAAUUAAAACAGUACAUCCGGAUUUUCAUUCCUUAAUUAAUGAACCGAAUGAUACUUCGAAGGCGUGGAAAAUUCCCGGUUAUAAAGGUCAGAUCGGAUUUAUUACUUCAAUGAGCGAUCAUUUUUGCGGGUCAUGCAACCGACUCAGACUAACAGCAGAUGGCCACUUAAAAGUGUGUCUAUUUGGAAAUACUGAGAUUUCGUUGAGAGAUGCUUUAAGAGGACAACACUCCGAAGAGGAUCUCUUGGCUCUCAUUAGUCAGGCUGUAAGGAAAAAAAAGAAGCGACAUGCAGAUAGCCAGAAGACAUCUAAUCCAUUCAUUAAUCAUCCAGCACUACCACAAAUCGUUCACACCAACCUAUCACAUUCAUAUCGCCCUAGAACUAUUCGACAUUAUUCAAUAGAACAGGCAGCUCGAACUCAUUUAACUCACGUAAAUGAAAAAGGUAAAGCAGCGAUGGUCGAUAUUCUUUCUAAACCAAUUACAACGCGUACAGCUAAAGCGGCAGCAACUGUGAAAGUUGGACGUGAAAUUACGGAGAUGAUCAGUGAAAAUGCGAUGAAAAAAGGAGACGUAUUGAGCAUCGCUCAGAUCGCUGGAAUAAUCGGAGCCAAGAAAACCGCAGAAAUUAUACCUUUGUGUCAUAACAUCAACCUGACCAAGAUUAACGUCACCGCAGCUCUGAAUGAGGAAAACCAAGAAGUGAGAUUAUUUUCGGAAAUACAAUGCGAAGGUAGAACUGGAGUUGAAAUGGAAGCCUUAACCGCUGUAAGUGUAGCGGCACUUACUAUUUAUGAUAUGUGCAAAGCGGUAGACAGACAUAUAGAGAUAACGAAUAUUCGUUUGAUAAGUAAAACGGGCGGUAAAAGUGGCGAUAACCAUGAAGAAAAUGUGAAAGUUAGAGAUUAUGAUCAUAGGCCAAUAACUAGGCUCUCGCCAUAUGUUGGACCUAUGUAGGCUAGUAAUAAGAAUUUCAAUUUGCUCAAAGUGGAUAUGUUUCCAAGAUCAUAUGACUCGUUAAUUUUUCAGUUCAUUCUAGCUAGUAUUCUUAUUGUCUUUUUAUAUAUAUGUAUCUUAUAUCUAUCUUAUAUAUCCUUAUAAUUUCGGGAAUUUUGCAUAUCAAUUGGCUACUCUAGGUUAUAUAUAAAGUGUACCCGGUACCCUAAUAAGAAUAAGGACCGCUGUAUCUUUACUACGUUUAAAGCUAUUUUUUAUAAGCUAGAUUAUAAUAAUUUAAAUGACCUGCUUAUUUUUUGCCAAACAGCUAGGCGUUUAAACUAUCGGCAUUAAAACGAAACAAAUCUACGCUUGAGGUAAACUGGAGGGUAAAUCAAUUUUUUCAUGAAGUGCAUGAGAAAUAAAUAAAAGUAUUUUUGUAAGUUAAUCUUAUUAAGCAUAAACGACUAAGAUUCUUAAUUAUAGACUUUCUCCUGGAUAUGAUCCAUUGGUGCAUAUAUGUAUGUGAAAUUAUUUCAGAUAAUUAAAGUAUUUUUGUAUUUUA